AUGGGGCGCCUGGCGGUCCUCCUGGCCCUGGCUCUGGCCACCCUCCUGGCUCCGGGGGCAGGGGCUCCAGUGGGCAGGAAGGGCGCCCGCAACAAGCUGUUGCUGGUGUCCUUUGAUGGUUUCCGCUGGAACUACGACCAGGACGUGCACACCCCGAACCUGGACGCCAUGGCGCUGGACGGGGUGAAGGCCCGCUACAUGACCCCGGCCUUCGUCACCAUGACCAGCCCCUGCCACUUCACCCUGGUCACAGGCAAAUACAUCGAGAACCACGGGGUGGUGCACAACAUGUUCUACAACACCACCAGCAAGGUGAAGCUGCCCUACCACGCCACGCUCGGCGUCCAGCGGUGGUGGGACAACGGCAGCCUGCCCAUCUGGAUCACAGCCCAGAAGCAGGGCUUGCGGACGGGCUCCUUCUUCUACCCUGGCGGGAAUGUCACCUACCAAGGCCUGGCGGUGACGCUGAGCCGGAAGGAAGGCGCUCUGCACAACUACAAAGAUGAGGUGGAAUGGAAGGCCAACAUCGACACGGUGAUGAAGUGGUUCACGGAGGAGGGGCUGGACCUGGUCACGCUCUACUUUGGGGAGCCCGACUCCACGGGCCACAAGUACGGCCCCGAGUCCCAGCAGAGGAAGGACAUGGUGAUGCAGGUGGACAGGACCGUGGGCUACCUCCGUGACAGCAUCAGGAGGAGUGGCCUGGAGGACAGCCUCAACCUGAUUAUCACGUCCGACCACGGCAUGAGCACCGUCAACAAGACCGCCCAGGACCUGGUGGAGUUCCACAAGUUCCCCAACUUUACCUUCAAGGACAUCGAGUUCGAGCUCCUGGACUACGGGCCAAAUGGGAUGCUGCUCCCCAAGGAGGGGAUGCUGGAGAAGGUGUACGAGCUCAUCAAGGAUGCCCACCCCAAGCUCCACGUCUACAAGAAGGAGUCCUUCCCCGCGUCCCUCCACUACGCCAGGAACCCCAGGAUCACCCCCCUGCUCAUGUACAGUGACCCCGGCUACGUCAUCCAUGGGAGAGUGAACGUCCAGUUUAACAACGGGGAGCACGGUUUUCACAACGACGUCAUGGACAUGAAGACCAUCUUCCGAGCCGUGGGCCCCAACUUCAAGAGAGGCCUGGAGGUGGAGCCGUUCGAGAGCGUCCACGUGUACGAGCUCAUGUGCAAACUGCUGGGCAUCGUGCCCGAGGCCAACGAUGGGCUCCUGAGCACACUGCUGCCCAUGAUUCAGGAAACCAGCAACGGGCCCGUCAGCACCCCGCCACCCACGCUCCAGGGAACCAGCAGCAGGACGGCCAGCACCCCCGCAGGGUCUGCCCUCCUUCCAAGUGGCCAGCCCCCCUUGGUGAUGGGAAUGCUGGUGGCUGUGAUUCUUCUGGCCAAGGUCGCAUAAUGCCCACCGCUCAAGGACCACCUCUUCCAGGAAGCCUCCAGAAGCUACCCUCUCACGGCCUGAGUCUGCUGGACACGGACAGACGGACGGGCCUUGUCUCUUCGCCUAACCACAGACCUCAGGGUCCCCCCAGCUCCAGCUGCAGCCCCAGCUCAGUCGUUAGGGUGCUGGCAAUAGGGACCCUUCCCAGGUUUAGGUCUGGGAAGUGGGUGUGGGGCUGGGAGCCCCACCCGGGAAGGGCUGGCCCCUCUGCCCCAAGACUCGUCCCUCGGGCCGGGGGUGGGGGGGCGCAGGGUAGGCUUUAGGGACCCGGCUAGGGACCUCUGCCCCAUGCCAGUGCCCACAGGCCGGCCGCUGCUGCUCAGCGGGGAUGAAGGCUGCCGGGUGGUGGCUGUGAGAUGCGGACCCUGCUGGGGUCCUCUCAGCCUGACCUGACUCGUUGGCCCCAGGCUGUGACCAGUUCCUGAUCCCUUAGGCCGCUGGCAACCCGGGGAGGCCCGGCUGGCCUGCCGGGGGGAGAGGUGGUGCAGAGGGGAGGACAAGGCCCUUUGUGAACCCACGGGGAACCGGAAUCUCUAAGCCACGUUGU